UUGUGCAUUCGGUUAGGUGAAGGAAAUUGAGAGUAUGCAAAUAGGUGCAAUUGUGUGCACAAUUGGCGAUGCAUGCAUUCCAUUCGGAUAGGAAAAUCUCCAACCCUAUCGCCACCCGCACAAACCACGCAGGCUCUGUCUUUUUAUCCUUUAACAGUUCAGCUCGGAAUGAUUUUAGCAGAAGGAUGAGAUUGUCAAAUAGACCUUCGACAUCACCAAAUCUCAUUAUUCGAAAUUGGCGAUCUAUUUUGGCAAACUUCACAGGUCGUAUCAAACGGACCAAGCUGUUGAGGAAAAAAAAUCUCCAGGUUAACGAUGAAGCUGCCUCUGAUCGAAUAACAUUUGAAGGAGAUAAGGAUUUACAAGACGGUACAGAAAAGGAAUUGAUGUCCCUUGGUGUUGGUGGAUUGGCUGAAAUUUUCGAUUUUAUAAUGGACAAUGUAUUCACACGGCUAAAGGUCAAUAAUGUCAAAGGAAUACUUCUCUAUGGGCCACCGGGAACUGGGAAAACAGCAUUGGCAAAAGCUCUUGCAAAGAUACUACAUGCUAAGGUUGUUAUGGGGCACGAGUUGAUGUCAGGCAAUGUAGACGAGUCAAACCACAGUUUGAGAAAGCUAUUUGACGAGGCUACAAAUGAUUACAGAAAAUAUGGAGAUCAAAGUCCCCUCCAUAUGAUAAUUUUUGAUGACAUUGAUUGGUUCACACAGGGCUUUGGAAGACUUCAUGAAUUGUUGAGAAUGAUCGAUGAUGUAAAUGCAUAUGGCAAUAUCUUCAUUAUUGGAACAACAAAUAGGAUGGAUUUAAUCCACGGGUCACUCUUGAGACCUGGCAGGCUGGAGCUUUGCCUUGAAGUUGGGGUCCCUAAUGAGAAAGGUCGUGUAAACAUAUUAAAGGUUCAUACGCAAAGGAUGAACCAGUGCGGUUUACUCGAUUCAAAUGUGAACCUUGAACAAAUAGCUUCCAUGACUGUUGGUUGGAGCGGGGCUGAGCUUGCCAGUGUUGCUAAGUCGGCUCUCUCACAAGCUAUUAUCCGCACUAAUUCUACCAUGUUAGGGGAAGUCAAUAGAAGGUGGAUUAGAGUAAACCAAGAAGACUUUCUUCAUGGUGUUCGAUUUAUAAUUCAUGAUCGAUGAAGAUAUUUGGUUCUCAUCCCUAUUUACAAGUGUUGUGAUUCAGACUUUUUAUAAGGUCAUACGACAUCAUAAGAGUUGAUAUUAUUCCAAGCUGGAUGCAAAUUUGUGUCUGUCAUAUUUUGUUGAUUUGAGAUAUUUCCUGUCGACAAUAUACGCCUUUUUAGAGAAAUUAUUUUGUUCACAAAUA